UGGCUCAGCUGGUGCAUUUCGGCUCAAGCAGCCUCCUUUUCGACCAAAACGUCCCAUUUCCUGCUUCAGUCAUGAUCAGGUGACGGGCCGUCCGCGGCGCCCGAAGGACAUUGGAGGGGCCCGCCCGAAGGAUCGGAAUGGAGAGCGAUGGAGGACAUUGAAAGUCGCUGGGAUCCAGAUCAGGCCAAGCCGACCUACCACGAGGUUCCAGCACGUCAUCAGCACUUCGAGAGGCUGGACUCGGAAGAUGAGCUGCGCGGCAUCGAAGAGGCCUGCUUCAUACGAUGGAGCACUGCAGCUCAGGAUGCUGCCGAUCUUGCAUCCGAGCCGAGCACCAGCAGCCGCUACCGAGCUCAAGGAGAUGGAAAAGGAGCUGAACUGCCAACUCCUCGGCUCACCAAGCGCCGCUUAAAAGCCACGCAGGUGCAGGCAGACAUGAUUUGGAGGAAAUACUAUAUUCCUGCUUCCCGCCUCCCGGAGCUUCUGGCGCAGCGAGAAGAGCAGCACACAAAGUUUAAGGAGCUGCAGAGCAAGAGCACUGAAGCCAAGAAUAAAUGGCACAGAGCCUUCGACUUCAUGAUGGAAGGCAAUGAUGUUGAUCGUGCCCUUCGCAAUGUACGCGACAUUUCCAGCAAGAUUCGACAAUACAUGUUCUUUGGUGAAAGUGAAAACGCUGUCCUGAAGCUGCAGAGCACGUUAGCUCAGUACCACCGUACUUGGGAUCAAAAGCGCUAUGGCAGACUGACAGCAGGCCUCAGUGAUAUCGCAAGGCUGGCCUAUCCAAUCGAACAAUUGAUCGACACACGCACCUUUGAGUGCCAUGAAAUUGUGCAGCAAGAGCUGAGUGUGGCAAUUCAGAAUGAACUGACUCGUCGCGCUGAACCCAUGGAGCUGCAGCGUAUGGAUCGUGAGACGGACAACGUUCUGCAGCAAUCCGAGGUUGCCAGGUCGAGCAUCAACAGGAAAUUGGAUGAUUUGCGGCAUUCGAUCCAGCGGACAGCAAGGGACGCAGGCGCUUUCAUACAGCGUGUCAAGAUGACCUUGCAGCAAGUGCUGGCUGACAUCAAUGAGUUCACCACGGCGCAUGCCAACAUGAAGAAGGCGGAGAAAGAUUACAAGGCAGACAUGUUUGACCAACAGCGGCGGAACGAUGGCUACAAGGAAUCACUUGAGAAGCUCGAAGCUCGCAGAAAGCUAGCAGAAGCAAGGUUGCAGGCUGAUCUGGAAACCUUGCGCUCUGAGCAUACCAUUCUCCGACGCACCCUGGAAACCCUCAUCAAGAUGCAUGAGGAAAGCCGAACCAGGGCGACCGAGAUCGCCAGCUGGUUACAAGUACUUGCUGGUCAGAGAUUGGAGAGGACUUCGGAGCUCAUGCUCGAUGUCCACGAGUUGCGGAUCCGGCGCCGGCGAGCAAUGUUUAAGCGCUUGCACUGGCUGGACGUGCAACGCAUAGUUUCUAUUGUUGCUCAGUUAAGAGCAAGAUUGGCCACGUCCAGCGAAAAGCUUCGGAAAGCCAGGCUUCAAAAGGAGGUGGAACUGUAUCGGUCCAUCACCAGCGAAGCCAAAGUCUUGAAGCUCGAGCUGCGUGGACGUUGCCGAGAGCUCAAUGGAGAUGGCACCGUGAAGGACGCUGAGGCCUUGCAAAAGGUGCUGAAAGGAGCAGAACAGUCCUGCCAGGGAUUCUUCAGUGUGCUGGCAGAGGAGCUCCAUGCACAAGCGCAAUGGCUUCGACGACACCAAAUUUGGGUUGGCCUUUCUGCGCAAACGUUCACUCUGAUACGACCCUUGAAAUUGGCAACUCCUUUGACAUUGCUGAACGCAGCGAUAGAAGUGGUGAAGAAGCAAGAAGUGCAGCUUAUGGUCAUUACAGACAUGAGACGUGCAUCCAUGCACAUGGAAGAAAAGGUUCUAAAGCUCACAGAGAGGUUCAAGCUGGCGCUGCUGUCCCGAAGACAUUCCGUUCGAUCGGAGGAUAGCGAAUCCUUGGGCCACACCAGUUCCGAUGAGAAUGAAGAGGAAGAGGAAGAGGAAGGAGGCAUGGAUGCAGCCAAGCUGCGACAGAUUCUGGAACAUCAGCAACAUGGAGACCUCUUGGAGUCUGAGACUACGAGUGACGAGGCUGAGCAUGUUGCCCCUUCCGGAGGCUCUGUUGAAGAUGCGCUCUUACACCUACAAGAGCUUUCUGGUGUAGAGGAUCAGCUGCACCGAGCCUUAGCACACUUGCUUCACAAGCUGCACGGCACCCCUAAAAUGGAGGAAGUCCACGAUUUGCUCAAAACAAAAGUGCAAGAGCUCAGUGAAGCUUGGCAUUUGGCAGUGACGAUUACGGCCCAUUGUGUGCCUCAUGUGGACUCCAGGGGAAGUACCACUUGGAAGAUUCGGGAGCAGCGGUUUGCGUGGCUGGUCCCAUUGGUGCAUCAGCUGGCCCAACGCUGUGGGGAGCUGCGAGCUGUUGGAGAGGUGCUUUGGGCGGAAGCAGUAGCACAUGGCGGUCCGCAGAGAUUGGAGGCGCUGGAGAAGAUCAAAGCCGUUCUUCGAAGCUUGGCACCCUUCCCCAAGCAAAUCAUCCAGGCGGGUGAGGAAUCCAUGACGCGAGUGCAGAAGGGGCUCCGCGAGAAGCUGCACAUCAUGGCCGCUGCCAAGGGCGCCCUCGAGCAUCUCAGCAGCCUGCCAGAUGCCAAUGUUGCACCUUCCGAAGGUGUGGCCGAGAUGCUGCCUUUGGGUCCAUCGUCCCACACCUUCCUGACGGCAGUGAAGGCAUUGAUGAAAUUCUUGACCAGCGAUGCUUUGGCCGAUGCCAAAGUCUUCGACCGCUUAACAGGGCCUGAGAUUCUGGGUGUUUUGUCCCAAGCCGUGACAGGUGAUAUGAAGCAUGCUUUGCCAGAGUGCUUUCGUGCGGCGAUGCUGUCCCUUGCUGAUCUGGGCAACCUGAUUGAGGAGUAUGAGCCGCAGCCAGUGCCAGGUGAAGAUGUGAGUCUCGUCGAUGCCAGUCUCAUCGCUCAAAAAGGCAAAAAGACUGGGAUUCAUCAUCAGGAGCGUUGGAAAGCCUUGGCCGCAGGGGCGCGGCGUCGCAUCGAAUCCGGCACUCCCUUGCCAGACUCUAGAUCUGGCUCCUUCCAGUUGGGGAACUCCCGCCCAUUGUUCAGCAGGGAAAGAUCACAAACGGCAGAGUCUUCAAGGCCGUGGACUUCAACGCCUCAACGACCGUCCACAGAAGGGUCAACCAGGUUGCCAUCAAGGCAGCAGGCCGACCUCACGUCCUUGGAGCGUGGGCGUCAAGAACAGCCGCCAUCGCCGCUGGGGUUGCAGGAAGUGCCUUUGGACCAGCAGAAUUUGGAGUUCGAGCUGGAAAAGCAGCGACUAGAGCAGGCUCAAAAGGAACAAGAAGAGGACCUUCGAAGGCUUCAAAGUGAGGAGCAGGAAGCCGCGCAGCGUGUGGACGUCUUGCGGAGAACCAUCUCCAAACUGAGUCAAGGCUCAGACGCUUGGCGUGUGGGAGAAGUCUUGGAAGAGUUGGAGAAAAUGGAAGAAGCUCGAAAGACAAUUCAAGCUACGCUUGACGAGUGUCAGCAAGUCACAGAGCUUCUGCAGGAGCAGCAGAAGGAUGUCCAAGAGCGUCAGUCGCUGCAUCAUGAACGCACCAGAAUUAUGCACUCUCACAGUAUGCUGCCGGUCCAAGAGAAGACUCGGAAGGCCAAGUCUUUGCAAUGGCAACGAUCUCUCAACAGAUUGUCGGACAUUCAAAGCAAGAUGGAGCAGCUGGACAGGGAGAUCUCCAUUAAGCAAGGGGCCGCCAGCAACCUUGAGGCGAAGGUUCUUGAGCGUCAGAAGUCUAAGAUGGCACUUGAGACUGGAAGAUCGGGUCCAACUGCGGAAACUACCCCAGCGCCCAAGAUCCUCACAGAACAGGAAGCAAUGGCUAUCUAUGCGUCGCGGGUGGCCAUGCGAUCACUGUGGAAGGUUCAAGGCUACAAGCUGAUGCAGGCACAAAGAGCCGCCAAGAUGUAUUGCCAACACCUUCUAAAGCUAGAGGAGGGUCCACGAGUGGUUUUUGAGUUGGAAGGCGGUGAGAAGCGAGGUGCAUCUUCGAAGAAGCGUGGCUCUCAACUUCGCCGUUCCGCCACAAAAGUCGGCAGCAGAAGGGCAUCCUCCACCAAGUCGGGCAGUAUCUCCCCAAGCCCAAAGUCAUCAACUACUACAUCAAGAGCGUCAUUGAAGAGAGGAUCGUUGCAAAAACGUCCUGGGAAAGAUGGUACCAAGUCAGAGGAGCAGACCAUGUAUGUUGGCCGAGCGAAGUCAAAGAUCACCCGCUCGUUGACUCAUGGUCAGCCAAAACUGACACGGGAUGCCACCCGCCGAUUGUCUAGGGCCUCUAUUGAAUCCAGGGCGGACUCGGUGGAAGCGGCUGCUUUGAUGGAGUCCAUCACCGUUCGACGCGAUGGCCGCGCGACCACCGUGCCCGUGAUCAACGUCCGUUCUGCGUCUCCGGCGUCGGCCAGCAGCUACACCAGCGAGGAAUCAGAGGAGGAAGAUGUUGAGCUGCCUGAUGUACCAGCCAUCGGUCGCAGAGCAAACAUAAUGACUGACCUGUUGGAGACGAAGGCCUUAAGAAGUAAUGUCCAAGCGUCUUUAGGCGAGCAGGAGCUGGAGCAGAGCACCCAGUGGGCUGAUGAUUGGAUCCGACGCAAAAGCAUGCAAGGGCCGCAAGGGGAAGAUGCACAGGAUGUUGGCGUGCUGGAUGGACGACAUCUCCUACGGCGCACUGGUCUGUCAGAAAUCACUCCCCUUGUGGCCGAUGAAGCUUUGGGCAUUGACGGCUUGGACGUCAGUGACAGCGAAGACGAGGAAGUCUUGCAGCGAAAACCGGAGUCUUUGUUGGAGCAUUUGCGGAAGAACUCCAUGAUGGCGCCUCAAGCACCCCAGGUCAAGCCGAAGAAGCCUGGCCUUCCAGGUCGAGCUGUCCAGCUGGGCAUGCCCUUGCAGGGAGGCUCCCCGCUGGUGGUCUUUGCUGGAAAGGACCGGAUGCGAAGCAAAGGUUCUAAAACUCCCAAGCGCAAGACCACAAAGAAGGAGGCUGAAUCACCAGUUCGGAAGGAGGGUUUCUUGGCGGAUCCCUUGAUACAGAAGUUGGAGAAAGAGUUUGCACACCAACCAUCCCUCCGGGAGAAAUCGCCGAUGUCCAGGCGGGAGUUCUCCACAUCGACCAGUAUGCCGGGGGAUGCUGAAGGAUUGCAUGAAGACUCCUUGAUGACCUUUUCUUCGGUGCUGUCCGGAGAAAAGUACAGCUACCUCAGCGAGAAUGCAAUUGCAGCAGCUGUUGGUGAUGAUCCACGUGCCAGGAGGGUGGAGGCUUCCAGACCACCUUUGCCCAAACUGGUGGACGUGAGGAAGAACGGGCCAGGUGAUGCUGCAGCGGCUCAGUAUGUAGGCAAAGGCUGCAAGGCGGUGGUUUCUGCUGCGAUGGUGCAAGCAGCGCGCAUGCAACCACCAGGAUACAAGCCACCAAGGUCUAAGUUGGCCAAGCCCAAAGCGGCUCCAAAAAAGGGAGGGCAAGCAGUCGAGGUUGAGACAGACUCUCCGAUCUUGCAAGACUCGCCUGACACGAGCAGAUGUCCAACAGUACAAUUCAUGGAGGAGGAAAAAGAAAUUGAUGCACAGCAUGGACCCACUAUGCCGGUGAUUCGUGUACAAACUGCCGGCAAGAGCAGCACUGGCCCAGAAAGUGGGCCCGCUUCUCCCUCGUCUUCAGGCUGGAGCCAUGGCAGUGUGGCAGAUCCCGGCGAGUUGGGCGGAGGGCGCUCCUCCCGAUCGGCAGGCUCCGUUUUGACCACCCGCCCGAAGCAGUGCCAACCCUUGCUCUCAGCCAGAGCCAAAAAGUAUUUCAACGGUGGAUGGCACCGCUGACGCAGGCGGACAUCCCCCCUUUUCCGUGGUGCGGGGCAGUUGCGCCUGAGACGGCCCCCCCCCUUUCGGGGGGGUGACCGUUUUGUCCAUAAGAUGGGUGAAGAUCACCUCCCUCGGCAUCCCGAUCGGGUGCAAAAACUCGGCGCCUGAAGGAUGAUAAAAGGCAUGUCAAGGGUGAUUGUUUUGGAGGCCGGAGCUGAUUGCGCCAAGCCGUUCAGUGCUAAUUACAUCUAGUU